CGCUCAGACCUCCGCAUUUACUCGUCACCCUUCUGUCGUUGUCACCAUGACGCCCACCCCGCCACUGUUCCUGCUGCUCCUCUGCUUCAUAGGAGCUCAUGCCACCGUGGACCUCCGCACAGCCGCCGCCAUGGCGGCAGGUUUGUGCAAAACUCGUCCCACAGACAUUGUGUUCAUCAUUGACAGCAGUCGGAGCGUUCGCCCUUCAGAGUUUGAGCAGGUCAAGGUCUUCCUGGCCAAGGUCAUCGAGGGGCUGGAUGUUGGACCCAACGCCACCCGCGUGGGAGUUGUGAAUUAUGCUAGCCAUGUCAAGAAUGAGGUGUCUCUGAAGACACACCGCACCAAAGCCGGACUGAUUAAGGCUGUGACCAAGAUCGAGCCGCUGUCCACUGGAACAAUGACUGGUCUUUCCAUCCAGUUUGCCCUGAAUGUGGCCUUCAGUGAGAGCGAGGGCGCUCGUGUCAAAUCUCCUGAUAUCAACAAGGUUGCCAUUAUUGUGACAGACGGGCGUCCCCAGGACAACGUGAAGGAUGUGGCUCAGCGUGCGAGGGAUGCUGGUAUUGAGAUUUUUGCCAUCGGCGUGGGACGCGUUGACAUGAGCACCCUGAAGCAGAUGGCCAGCGAUCCUCUGGAUGACCAUGUGGACUACGUGGAGAGCUACAGCGUCAUCGAGAAGCUCACCAAGAAGUUCCAGGAGGCCUUCUGUGUGUCGGACCUGUGUGCCACUGGGGAUCAUGACUGUGAGCAGGUAUGCAUCAGCAGCCCCGGAUCAUACAAGUGUGCCUGCAAAGAUGGUUUUACCCUCAAGGACGAUGGUCGCAGCUGCAGCGCUUGCAGCAACUCGGCGACAGAUGUGGUGUUCCUGAUCGAUGGAUCUAAGAGUGUCCGUCCUGAGAACUUUGAGCUAGUCAAGAAGUGGAUCAACCAGAUCAUCGAUAAACUGGAUAUUUCUGAAACCAAGGCUCAUGUUGGACUAGUGCAGUACUCCAGCUCAGUUAGACAGGAGUUCCCCCUGGGCCGCUACAACAACAAGAAAGACCUGAAGGAUGCUGUGAAGAAGAUGGACUACAUGGAGAGGGGAACCAUGACAGGCCAGGCCCUCCGCUUUCUGGCAGAGAAUAGCUUUGCCCCCGGUCAGGGCACCCGGCCUGGAGUCCCCAAGGUGGGCAUUGUCUUCACCGACGGACGCAGCCAGGACUACAUUGGAGAUGCCGCCAAGAAGUGCAAGGAGCAAGGUUUCAAGAUGUAUGCUGUUGGAGUGGGCAACGCAGUGGAGGAUGAGCUGAAGGAGAUUGCCUCUGAGCCGACUGCAGAGCACUACUUCUACACUGCUGACUUCAAGACUAUGACCCAGAUCGCCAAGAAGCUGCAGAUUAACAUCUGUAAAGAUGAGGACCCUUGCGAGUGCGAUUCCCUCGUAAAGUUCCAGAAGAAAGUAGAAGAUGCCCUACAGGCACUAACAAAAAAAUUAGAGAGUAUGUCGAAGAGGAUCGCCUUGCUGGAGAACAAAAUCGUCUGAGGACUCACACACCCCUCUUCCCGAUACAUCUGCACACCCACCCACGUACACACAGAAACACACACACAUACAAUUUUUACUUCCUGUAAAAUGCUGAUGAGGAACUGCUGUGUGUGUGUGUGUGUGUGUGAACCCUGACCUCUGCUUGUAUCCUGAGCUCUCCCCAACCACCUCUGCCCCAUCCUCUCUUGGUCUUACCUCUUCUUUCCUUGGGUCUCCUGGGACACGAAGCGCCAGUUGCCAUGGGGACCACACCUUUGUGUGUGUGUGUGUGUGUGUGUGUGUGUGUGUGUGUGUGUGUGUGUGUGUGUGCGCGCGCGC